AUGGAAAAACUGUUUUUAUAUCUGCUGUUAAUUGGCAUGGCAGUGAAGGCCCAGGUUUGUCCCAAACGCUGCAUCUGUCAGAAUCUGUCUCCAAACCUUGCAACUCUUUGUGCCAAAAAGGGACUCCUCUUUGUUCCAUCAAACAUCGAUAGAAGGACAGUUGAGCUACGUCUAGGAGAUAACUUCAUUACUAUCAUCAAAAGAAAAGACUUUGCUAAUAUGACCAGCCUGGUUGAUCUUACCCUGUCAAGGAAUACAAUAAACUAUGUUGCACCGCAAGCUUUUGCAGACCUGCGUAACCUGCGGGCUUUACAUCUGAACAGCAACAGACUAACCCAGAUUACAAAUGAUAUAUUUAGUGGACUUUCAAACCUCCACCAUCUCGUAGUCAAUAACAAUCAACUGGUUGACAUUUCCUCUGAAGCUUUCAAUGAUAUUUUGCUGUCACUCGAAGAGUUGGAUGUAUCCUAUAAUAACUUAAAAUCUAUACCCUGGGAAGCAGUUCAGAAGAUGGUCAACUUGCAUACUUUCAGUAUGGACCAUAACAUGAUUGAACACAUCGAUGAGGGAACCUUUUCCCACCUUCAUAAAUUGACACGAUUGGAUAUGACUUCUAAUAAAUUGCGGAAGCUCCCGCCUGACCCGUUAUUCACUAGAGCUCAGGUAUUAGCUUCCUCAGGUCUCCUGAGCCCACCCAGCUUUACGUUGAGCUUUGGAGGGAAUCCUUUGCAUUGCAACUGUGAGCUGCUCUGGCUGCGCCGCCUUUCAAGGGAGGAUGAUCUGGAGACUUGCGCCUCACCUCCGCACCUAACUGGCCGAUACUUUUGGUCCAUUCCAGAAGAAGAGUUUAUCUGUGACCAGCCGCUCAUUACUCGUUACACGCAUGAGCUCAGAGUUUUAGAAGGACAACGAGCAACACUGAAGUGCAAGGCUAUUGGGGACCCAGAUCCCUCCAUCCACUGGAGCUCACCUGAAGGCAAGCUUAUUUCAAAUUCAUCACGAACAGCCUUAUACAAUAAUGGAACUUUAGACAUCCUGAUAACGACUGUCAAAGAUACAGGCACUUUCACCUGCAUUGCUUCGAAUGCUGCUGGAGAAACCACUGCAGUGGUGGAACUUCAUAUAAUCAAACUCCCACAUUUAGUCAACAGUACAAACCAUAUUCAUGAGCCUGAUCCUGGUUCAUCAGACAUUUCAACUUCCACUAAAUCUGGCUCCAAUACUAGUAACAGUGUUAGUGACACUAAAGCCAAGCCAGAAAAGAGGGUGGCCGUUGCUGAAACAUCAUCAUCAUCUGCACUGAUUAAAUUUAAUUUGCAACAUAAUAUCCCUGGCAUUCGUAUGUUCCAGAUUCAGUAUAAUGGCUCUUAUGAUGACUCACUUGUUUACAGAAUGAUUCCAUCCACAAGCAAAACGUUCCUUGUUACUAACCUGGCUGCAGGAACACAGUAUGAUUUGUGUGUCUUGGCAAUCUACGAUGAUGGCAUCACGUCUCUCACAGCUACUAGGGUUGUUGGCUGCAUACAGUUUACCACAGAUGAGGAUUAUGUCCGCUGCCAUUUUAUGCCCUCCCAGUUUCUGGGAGGAACCAUGAUAAUUAUAAUAGGUGGAAUUAUUGUAGCUUCUGUGUUGGUCUUCAUUAUUAUACUGAUGAUUCGAUAUAAGGUGUGUAAUAAUAAUGACUCGCACAAGAUCACAAAGGUUAGUAACGUCUACUCGCAGACAAAUGGAGCUCACUUGCAAAUGUGUGGUGGCAUGUUUCCUCAUUCAAAUUCUAAAGUCAUCAUGGGACAUGAAGAAAAUUCACAGUAUCAGAAAGAUCCCAGUACAGCCAAAACACAGCCGUUGGAUUCUGUUUCAGUCCAGGACUCUGCUACUGCUACCUCCACCAUGUCACCUGACUGGACUACAGGUGUCAGUACAUCUCAAAAGCUGAAAAGAAAGGCUGGGCCAAAGUCAAGUGUUGAAACACCAAUGGAAGCUUUCACCAAUGUCGAGUUAUCCAAAAAGAAAAGGGAAAAUACUGCCAUUUUACACAAGCCCUCUUGUGCUCCAGUUUCUUUGAAAGAGACUCCCACUUUUAGACGAGCACAAUCCAAGCCUAUCAAAUACCUUACUCUGCCAGCUGAAACAAGCAGAGCUAAGCGGAGGUACUCGCUCAAUGGAGAUUUAUCAGAGUAUCAUUGCUAUACUCAUUCACAAAAUAUUAGCAGCCUGUGGUCAAAAAGAAGCAUGUCCAUGAAUGGGAUGCUAUUACAGUUGGAAAGCUCUGAUGGUGAUAGUGGGAAAGCCACCUUCUCAAGUUCUGAAUGGAUAAUGGAAAGCACCGUGUGA